AUGGCUCAACUGGAACACACAGAUCGUUGUGUGUGUAUUAAUUGUGGACACAUUCAACAGCACACUCCGAUCUAUUCAAAACAAGGACAAAAGGAUAUACGAUUAAAUCAUUGUGAGAAGUGUAAUGGUUUGAUAGAUAAAUUGGUGGAAUAUGAAAUGACAACGAUUGUAUUUGAUUUACUGUUGCUGAAAACAAAGGCUUUUAUUCACGUAUUAUUUAAUUAUUUGGAUAGAUCUAAAAUUGUGAAUUAUAAUUUAUUACGAUUAAGUCUAUUUUCUGUUUUGGUCCGAACAUAUUUAAAAUUUUUGAUGAUUACCAAGAAUGAAAUUACUGAUCUGUGUGAUGGAUUUUAUGUCUCUGAAUCCAAUAACCAAUUGAUAUUUCUUGAGAAUGCGUCACUUUUUUACUUAUUUUUCUUUUUCAUGGCUCUUGAAGUGAUCUUGUCUGUGAUAUUCCUUCUCUUGGCAUCAUUUGUAUUGACUCCACGCGGAAUUAAGCAAAAGGUUCACGUAUUAAUUAUGGGAACACUAUUAAGUUCGUUUACAGAGCUCUGGAGAUUACCUCUGAUUAUUUGGAAGAAUGAGAUUGAACCUCUUUCGCCUUACAUUACCUUCUCAAUAACUAUUUAUAGUUUUAUUACCAUCAUGACUGUGUGUAGAGUGGUUUUAUUUGAAGUUGGAGAUUUCAACAAGGAAAAUCCUUCUCCAAGACUCAAGUGGAUAUACUCGUUCGUUGUUACAUUGAUAAGCUUUUUAUUCAAAAUUGUAUUGUGUGCCUUAGUUAUGGAGUUGCUCAUGCAAGAAAGGAGAUGUAUUUCUCAAUAUCAUGAUUGGUCAUUACUAAUGGAGCUUGUCAAGCAUAUUUCAUUUUACAAAUAA